AUGAGUCGGCAGCGUUGGUGGCGUUGCGUUCGCCUGCCGUCACUGUGUUCUGCUCUGUACACAGAAAACGGGCUGUUCGUUGGCUCGGCUCGGCUCGGCUCCGCUCUGCUCGGCUCGUGGCGUGACUGCAGCUGCGUACGCGGCGAACUUCUUCAGCUGUUGCAUCGUCGUCGACAGUCGCUAGACACACAUACACGGUACUGGACGGCCAUCAGCAAGUAG